CCAAGCAACAAUAUACGGGUUGAAGUGACAAGCAUGAGCAUGCGAAGUGUAAUGAGCAUCGCAAUACAAGCGAAGUUCAUAGAGACAUUACGUCGAACACUUAGUGGCAUUCAAACACAACUCAGUUUCAAAUUCUUUUGCACACAAACAACACAAAACCAAGACAGCUUAUGCAAGAGAAUCGAAAAGCUUCCCAAAGGAGAAUCAAUAUCUUCCGCAUUCCGUAGUUGGAUGCGUGAUGGCUUCCCCGUUCGCGGCACCGAUGUCUUUCACACCAUUAACCGUCUCAGAAAGCUCAACUUCAAUAAACGUGCACUUGAGGUGAUGGAAUGGGUGAUUAGGGAGAGACCCUAUAGACCUAGUGAACUAGAUUACUCUUAUCUAGUGGAAUUUACAACUAGGCUUCAUGGAAUUCCACAUGGUGAAAAUCUCUUCAAACGUGUUCCUGUUGAAUUUCAGAAUGAGUUACUCUACAACAACCUGGUGAUUGCUUGUUUAGAUAAAGGUGUCAUUAGGCGUUCAUUUGAGUACAUGAAGAGAAUGAGAGAAUUGGGUUAUCCCAUUUCGCAUUUGGUCUUUAACCGCUUAAUAAUUUUGCAUUCAUCGUCGGGUCGCAGGAAGAUGAUACCCGGUUUACUCAACCAAAUGAAGGCUGAUAAGGUCACUCCGCAUGUUUCUACAUACAAUAUAUUGAUGAAAAUAGAGGCCAAUGAACAUAAUCUUGAAAAUUUGAUGAGGUUUUUUGAUAGAAUGAAACGGGUGCAGGUUGAACCGAAUGAAAUAUCUUACUGUAUUUUAGCUACUGCACAUGCAGUUGCUAGGUUGUAUGCUGCAACUGAAAUGUAUGUUGAGGCUGUGGAGAAAUCUAUGACGGGGAAUAAUUGGUCAACGUUGGAUAUCUUGCUUAUAUUGUAUGGGUAUUUGGGGAGCCAGAAAGAGCUUGAAAGGAUUUGGGAUAUCAUUAAAGGACUUCCUUUUGUUAGAUCUAAAAGUUAUAUGUUAGCCAUUGAAGCAUUUGGUAGGAUUGGAGAGUUAAACCGAGCUGAAGAGAUUUGGUCUGAGAUGGAGUCAUUAAAAGGAUUAAAAUCUGUAGAGCAAUUUAAUUCAAUGAUGACUGUGUAUUGCAAACAUGGAGUGAUUGACAAAGCAUCUAGGUUGUACAAAAAUAUGAAGACAAAGGGGUACAAACCGAAUGCCAUAACGUAUCGUCAUCUUACAUUGGGCUGCUUGAAAGCGGGUAAGGCAGAGCAAGCUUUGAAGACAUUCGACUUGGGCAUGCGUUUUCCGGUUAACAAGAGGGUUAGUAAUUCAACACCAUGGUUGGAGACCACUCUUUCAAUUGCUGAGCUUUUUGCUGAAAAAGGUGAUGUCGAAAAUGUUGAGAGAUUGUUUGAAGAAUUUCAUAAAGCUAAGUAUUGUAGGUAUACUUUUGUAUAUAAUACCUUGAUUAAGGCUUAUGUAAAAGCUAAGAUUUAUAAUCCAAAUCUUUUGAGAAGGAUGAUUCUUGGAGGAGCUAAUCCUGAUGCUGAAACUUACAGUCUUUUGAAAAUUGCUGAACAAUUUCGCACCUGAUAGUUUUAUUGAUAGUUUACAACCAGGUUAAUGUUAUAUCAUUAUAUGUAUUCUUAUGUUGUCAUUCUAUUUAAUAAAUAUGUAUCAAUUGUGGAACAAGAGUCAAUAAGAACAUCUGCCAUUGCAUAUGAAAGCUCCAUUUGUUUGCAUCAACAACUGAUAAUGUAAAGAUACUGUGGGUAUAACGUUGAUUUACAUUGAUCUCUCCAAAUUCAGCUACAUUGCUCCAUAAUAGAUUGCCAGUUUCAGUUGUUUGGAAAGGUGAGGAUUCCUUGUCUUUGGAGAUAACUGCUGGUGGCUUGGUUGGUGUGCGCUCUUUUAGGUAUGUGAUGAUGGAUCUUUUUUAAACUGUUUUGUUCUGAAUGUUUUUCAGUUUUAGUUUAUGGUCUGGUUUGAAAUUUACAUAUGAAUUUAACUGUUAUUGGUAAGGAAAAAUGCAUGAAAAUGGGAUGUUGUUGGCAAGAAAUGAAUGAUUUUGUGCUCUUGAGACAUUGUAUCGUAUUCAAGUGUUUCUGUCAUAAAUCAUUGUGUCUUCACUUCAAGGAAUCAAAAAGAGUCUUUUCUAUACACACAACUUCAAGGGAUUCAUAUAAACAAACUCCUUUAUUAGAUAGUUUAAUUGUCGAUGGUUUGGUUCUAUUUUUUUAUUCAGUUUUAACCCGAGGCAUAUAUGUUUCCUUCUCUUAUUUAUUUUGAAUCUGUUCAGAUUGUGGAUGCAUACCUCUUGACUGAUUGCUACAUUUUCCUAUCUACACCUUUUUUUUACCAUUUUAUUUUUCAGUGGUGGAUUGAACUUCAUUUUUCAUCUAUUGGGAGGGAAAAUUCUACGGAGGAAGAUGAGUCUGUUGAAUCAAUGUCUCAAGUUAAUGACAAUGAAGAAGUAGAUUCAUUUCGUGUUUACUUUUUUAUCUAUGUACUCGUCAUUUAUAUUUUGUUUAUGGUUUCUUCUUUCAGAUUUUUGGGAGUGUGAAGAAACAAUAGAAAAGUGAUAUUAGGAGUUCCAAAGUUGAUCUUGGAACCAACAAGGAAUUGAAGAAGCAGAGUUUAGUAUAUUCAACCAGGGAACUGUGGCAGGAAAAAUGAAAAGAAAGAGUUUAUACCAUUUAUUGAAUUGGUUAGAAAUAUUUCACUAUCAAAGCAAACACCAGUGAUCCAAGUGAAGGCGAACACCUUUAUUGGAGAGUUAUAGAUGGACCUUUUAUUAGUGUCUGGCUUCACAAUGUACCUUGGGGUGCUGAAAACACAAUGGCAAUACCUGCUGCAAAGGUUUUUUUUGUGUGAACAAGAACUCAAGCAUAUCAUUUUGUGUGAAAUUGAAAACCAUUCAGUUUGAUGAAGUUUGCUAAAUUAUGUAUUUUGCAAUAAUUUUAUAUACACACUUUUUGCCUCUAUAAUAUAAUACUUUUGGUUUAAUAAUAAUAUCAUUCACAUUGCAUGUCGGUAAA